AUGAUGGACUCAUCCACCACGCUGAGUGGUAAAACACACGAGAUGAAAGUAGUAUUGGUUGGGUCUGUAGGAGUCGGAAAAACGAGUACAGUGAUGCGAUUUGUGAAAGACAACUUUCAAGAAUACAUUGAGACAACCAUCGGAGCCUCCUAUUUAUCCAAGGUUCUCAACAUUAACGACACACAAAUUAAAUUCAACGUUUGGGAUACCGCAGGACAAGAACAAUAUAAAUCUCUCGUACCGUUGUACUUUAGAAAAGCCAAUGCAGUCAUCAUUGUUUAUGACAUUACGAGACAAAAAACUUUUGAUGAUGCCAAGAAUUGGUAUAAAGAGCUGAUUCCACAUUCACCAGAAGAUGUAAUAAUAGCAAUAACAGGCAACAAGAGCGAUUUAGACAAUCUUCGAGAAAUUGAACGAAUUCAAGGAGAGAAAUAUGCCAACAGUAUUGGUGCAAUUUUCAACGAGACCAGUGCCAAGAACUCGAGUGGAAUUACUGACAUUUUCCAACGACUUGGAAAGGCCUGGCUUUCAAAACAACAACAAUCACGAAUCAUCAAAGAUGACGAUUCAGGAGCUGUCAAUGUUGGAAACACAACCAAUACAAACAAUAACACAAACACUGGAAAUGCUGGAAAUACGAGCAAUAAUAAUGGAGGAACUGGUGGAAGUAAAUGUCCUUGUGGAGGUGGUUGA